UUGUUUACUGAUUCGUAAUUCCUUCACUUCCGCAUGUUCUUAUGAGGUUUCGGUUUUAAAGUAGACCCGCUUUCAUAUCAGUGUUUGGUUGUCACAAUUUAUGUUGAUCUGGACCUUGACAUGGGAUACGAGUGUGUCUAAUCGAUUCAUUAAUAUCAAUUAAAGAAAAGCCAUGGCUCUAAAUAGAGGCGCUAUUGGAUUAUUCCUGAAGAUUACUUGUCUACUUUUUUUGCUGACUGGUAUUACAGGUCUUGGUGGUUCAUUCUUGCUGCAUAAAUACAGAGUUUACGGCCUAUUUUUUAGCAACCUUUAUAUCAUUUUCCCAGCAUUGCUGGCUGUUGUCAGUGGAGCCAUUCUCUUUAUCACUGGAAGCAUUGGCUGUCUUGUGUCUAGCAAAAAACCUUCAUGUGGACAUGGAUUGUUUGUUUAUUUCCUCAUUAUUGUGUUUUGCGUUGUGGGUACCACUGCUGCAUUGGCAUACUUUUAUCAGGGAAAGCUUGAUGCAGAGUUGGCACCCCUUAAAGAUGUGUUUCAGAACUACAGUAAUAACAGUCAAGAUCCGGAUACCAAAGCAGUGGAUCGUCUCCAGAGUGAGUUGCAGUGUUGUGGUGUCAUGAACUACACAGAUUGGUUGCAAACGCCCUGGUUUAAUCACAGUGGGAAAUAUGAUGUUCCUCAAAGCUGCUGCAACACAACCUUUCACUCGUGCAAUGGGACUUUAGAUGCACCCAUGCUUCUCUACAAUGAGGCCUGUCAGGUUAAACUUAAGGAGCUAUUACUACUUGUGGUGCACAUCAUCCACAUAACAUCUUUAGUGGUUCUUGUUUUGCUGGUAUUGUCUUGGAUUACAGUGGGACAGCUAAUGAGAUACCCAGUCCCACAAGAGUAUCGAAUUCUGGACCAGGACUAAAAACAUCCAAAUAUCUUUAAACAAUAUUCCUAAAUGCCUGCAUAUUACAUUUUAAUGUCUUUUUAUAUAUCACUUGUUAUUAUCUAUUCUAAUACAUAAAGCACUCCAUGUUUUCCUGAAUUUCUAAGGUGUGACUAUUCAUAUUUUUAUAGAUGUUUUAUUUACACACCAAGGCAUUUACUUUGCACAAUAAAAUAGAUACUACUGAAUAAAAAAUUUGUUUGUUUUUUAAUGUUGGCUACAAAUGCAUUGCUGGCUGUUGGUAAAAAUGAAGACAAUGGGGUAUAUGCACACAGAUUUUUAAUUUCAGUCAGCCAGAAUCUAGUUCAUGCUCUAUGGUCUUGUACAAAAAAUUCUAGAUUUCUGGAAAAGAGUUCAUAAACACAUUUGUUUGGUUGUAGAUUUUUAUAUCACAUUAUGCCCUAGACUAUACUAGGUGGUUAGGUGGUUGGAUAGACAUUGAAAUAAAAAAUUAAGACAUAAAAUCCUGGGUCCAAACCAGUUUGCUGAUUGGGAGACAAAUAAUUCUCAUGAGUUUGAAAUCAGAGGAUGCCCCUUCCCUUCAAAAAUGGCCGGUAGAACUUGCUAGAGUGGCCACAUUUGGAAGAAAAUGUCUUAUAAGCAAAUGGACUAAAGCUAAACCUAAACUAUAAAACUGGUCCAAGUACUUAACCUGUUUGUAAAUGGAAUAGUAAUAAAUGUGUGAGAAACAUACUGAUUGUGACAGUGUAACUGUGAUAUGUUAUUGACUGAACUUACCUAUUCAUUUUUUUUAUUGUAUUUUAUUUUCUCUUUAUUAUAUAAAGAUGGAGGCUUUAACUGUAUUUAAUGACAGCUAAGCCGAGACCUUAAAGUCGUAGUUAGGGAUUAGUUUGGGUUGGGUUUGUUAAUAGGGUAAACUGUUGGUUCUUUACAGAGUUAUAUACUGUAUUCCAUUCUGAAAUUUGCCCGAGAAUCAAUAAAACUAUUAAACUCUGAAAAA